AUGUCUUUGGUGGACUUGGGGAAGAGGUUACUAGAAGCGGCAAGAAAAGGCCAAGAUGAUGAAGUCAGAACAUUGAUGGCAAAUGGCGCCCCAUUCACCACAGACUGGCUUGGAACAUCACCCCUCCACCUUGCAGCCCAGUAUGGUCAUUAUUCCACAGCAGAAGUGCUCCUUCGAGCAGGCGUUAGCAGGGAUGCCCGGACCAAAGUGGACAGGACCCCCUUGCACAUGGCUGCAGCUGACGGACAUGCCCACAUCGUGGAACUGCUUGUUAGGAACGGUGCAGAUGUGAAUGCCAAGGACAUGCUGAAGAUGACAGCUUUACAUUGGGCCACAGAGCACCACCAUCGAGACGUUGUGGAGCUGCUUAUCAAGUAUGGAGCUGACGUGCAUGCUUUCAGCAAGUUUGAUAAAUCUGCCUUUGACAUAGCCCUGGAGAAAAAGAAUGCUGAGAUUCUGGUCAUCCUUCAGGAAGCGAUGCAGAAUCAGGUGAAUGCUCAUCCCGAGAGAGCCAACCCUAUGACUGUGGCCACCCCAUUCAUCUUCACAUCUGGAGAAGUUGUCAACCUCGCCAGCCUUGUUUCUUCAACCAACACCAAAACAACCUCAGGUGACCCCCAUGCCUCCUCAGCAGCACACUUGGCAAAUUCCACCACCUCGGUGCUGGCCACCCUUGCAGCUCUUGCUGAGGCCUCAGCCCCCCUCUCCAACUCCCACAGAGCCACAGCUAAUUCAGAGGAAAUCAUAGAGGGAGAUUCCGUUGACUCAUCAAUCCAGCAAGUGGUGGGGAGUGGAGGCCAAAGGGUCAUCACCAUAGUGACUGAUGGAGUCCCUCUGGGUAAUAUCCAAACUGCAGUCCCUGCCGGAAGCAUUGGCCAGCCAUUUAUUGUAACUGUGCAAGAUGGACAGCAAGUUCUAACUGUACCUGCUGGUCAGGUUGCAGAAGAGACUGUAAUUGAAGAAGAAGAGGAAGAAGAAGCAGAGAAGUUGCCCCUGACUAAGAAACCAAGGAUAGAAGAGAUGACAAACAGUGGGGAGGAAAGCAAGGAGGGCACCGAAAGAGAGCUCCUACAGCAGCAGCUCCAGGAGGCCAAUCGAAGAGCUCAGGAGUACCGACACCAGCUCCUAAAGAAAGAGCAGGAGGCAGAACAGUACCGCCUCAAGCUAGAGGCCAUGGCCCGACAGCAGCCCAACGGAGUUGAUUUCACCAUGGUCGAAGAGGUGGCGGAGGUAGAUGCCGUGGUGGUUACGGAGGGAGAGUUGAAAGAGAGAGAUGCGGGAGUGACCUCGGGUGCCGCAGGGACGACAGGGCCGCAUGCGGGAGUUUCCAUAGAAACUGUUUCAUCUUAA